UUGAGAAUGCAGAUUGCGAAUCGUGGGCUGUGACCUCCCUGCCUGUCGUCUUCGUCUCCGGCGAGCAAAGCGGCGGCGGAAAGAGAGGGAUGGGGUACCUCUGGCGGGUGCGGCUGUCGUCGUUCGCGGCUGGCGCCGCGGCGGCGUCGGGGGCGGGUUUCUUCCUCCUCUACAAAGACCAUCUCCUCGCCCGCGCCACAAUCGCCCGGCAGGUGGAGGAAAUUAAGGAAACUUCUGAAAAGCAUUAUGAAGCCCUAAAUAAGAGGAUAUCAGCACUGGAAAGCAGAAAAGAACCAGGAGCUAUUAAAGAGGCAUCAGAUUAGUUCAAUGAGUUGGGCUCAUGUAAUGGUUACAUCUGCCCAGGUGUUUUUGAUUGCUGCAUGUGGUUUAAGCUGCAGCAUUUAAAGCUAUACUAUUGUAUUGUUGGAAUUUUGAUGAACCCUGAAUUUUUCUCGGACAGUAUGAACCCUGAAUUUGAGUUGUGCUACAAUUCUGCAUGGCCAUGUCAGUGCCAUCUUCUUGAGAUGGACAAAGAUCAAAUAAAUACAUUUUUCAUUACAAUUUGUUCUCA